AUGACAGCAGAGGCAGGCUCAGAGACAUGACUUCGCUUAGUCACAGCGAGGCGACAUCUGUCCACUUGGAGGCCCAGAUCUGACCCCGCCACUUGACAUUUUGCUUGGCAUUCGGUGUUGACGGUCACCGUCGUCCGCUCAACAACGAGGUUGCCAUCCACCACCACCUUCAUACCCUCAGGCUCUCUUUUCUUCGCAAGCCCACCCGUGUCUCUCUUUUUCUCCUUCAAAAGCAGCCCUUUUUACUUCUCUCGCAGCCAUGGCUGCUAACUACUCUAACGUAAACAACGCCAGCUCACCCUAUGGGUCUGGCGAUCCAUACUACAGCCAGUCCACAGGCUACAUCACCCCCCAGACUCCCCCAAAGAAGAAGACCAGCGGAUGGAUCAAGUUUGGUGUACCAGUCGCCCUCAUCAUCAUCGUCGCAGCUGUCCUCGGUGGUGUCUUCGGUAGCCGCGCCAGCAAAAAUAGUACUUCUGCCAGCUCCGCCGCCGCCGCCGCCUCCGCCUCCAGCGUAAAGAAGGAAAUUGGCAUUUUCGCGACUGGCACCGAUAGUCUCUACGGCCUGCCCAUCUACCCUUCCACUACCAACUCGGCUGCCUUCUCGUCACCCACCUUCAUCUCCACCCAAGACUCGACCCUCGCCUGGCCCCAAGACUCCUUCAAGCCUUCGAGCCCAAGCAUCACCAACCUCCGUCCGGACAGACCCCGCCUCAUCGCCCCGUCCUACAAAUGGGCCGCCCUCCCCACCCUCAUCGCCAACGACCCGUACAUGUCUUACUGGAACCAGACCAUCUUCAUGAACGCCACCAUCUGGUACAACGCCGAUCCGGUCCCGUAUAUCCUAGAUGGCGGCAACGGUAUUCUCGAUCCCGCCCGCCAGGUCAAGCAGCGCAUCAAGGCCUUUUCGUACUGCUACCGCGUCUCCAACGACACCAAGUGGCUCGAUCGCACCUGGGUUGAGCUUCAGAACGCCGCCGGAAACCUGACUGGUGGCUGGGGUCCGAACAACUCCACGAAAUGGAACCCGGUCCACUUCCUCGACACCGCCGAGAUGACGGCCGCGUACGCGAUCGGCUACGACUGGCUGUACGAUGUCUGGUCGGACACCCAGAAGCAGGCGAUCAUGUGGUCGAUGAUCACCUACGGCCUGAACAACGGCGCGAUCGCGUACUCGGACCACGACACGAGCUACUACGGCUGGUGGACCAAGGGCACGCAGGGCAACUGGAACUGCGUGUGCAACGGCGGGCUCACGAUGGGCGCGCUGGCGAUCCUGAACGACGACCCGACGGGCGUCGCGCAGGCGCUGCUGCAGCAGACGAUUCCGAGCGCGCUGGGCAACUGCAUUCUCGCGACGUCGAGCGACGGGACGUGGUCCGAGACGCCCGACUACUGGUACUUUGGCACGACGGGGCUCGCGGAGCUCGCGGCCUCGGUGCAGUCUGCGACGGGCUCGGAUCUGGGGCUGCUGAGCACGAACGCGAAUCUGCACCUCGGCGCGCUGUACCACAUGUACGUGACCGGCCCGGGCUCGCUGUUCAACUGGGGCGACAAUGGGGUGAACAAGUACACGGCGACGGCGAACGCGGUGAUGUUCUACGGGCAGGCGUUCGACAAGCCCGCGUACCAGCUGUUCCAGCGCGACGCGCUCGACGCUGCGGACCCGUGGAACAUGUUCUGGUACAACCCGACCGUGUCGGGCGCGUUCUGGGACGGGCUCGCGCUGGACCACUACUUUGAUAACAGCACGGACCAGUGGGCGUCGAUGCGCUCGAGCUGGGCGGACGAGAACGCGCUGUUUGUCGGCGCGAAGGCGGGCACGCUGCAGGGGCACCAGAGCCACAACGAUCUGGACUGCGGCGACUUUGUCGUGGACGCGCUGGGCGCGCGGUGGUUCGGCGAGCUCGGGGACGAGAAUUAUCUUGUGCCUGGGUAUUUUAGCAACGACGACCAGGAUUCGCAGCGCUGGUUGUAUUACCGCAAGCGGACGGAGGGCCAGAACGUGGUGCUCGUCGGCGGGGCGAAUCAGAACGUGAAGGCGGCGCCGACGGUCAAGUUUGACAGCUCGAACACGGUGCAGGGUGCGACGACCGUUGCGGAUGUGUCGAGCGACUCGACGGCGUACUUUGUGUCUGAUCUGACCAGCGCCUACUUCAACGUCACGUCGAUGAAACGCGGGAUCCGGAUGAUCAACGCGCGCAAGCAGGUGCUCGUGCAGGACGAGAUCAACUCCCAAGCGCCCGUACAAUGGCGCGCGCACACGAACGCGACCGUCUCGCUCUCGAACAACAACCAGACCGCCACCCUAACCAUCGGGGACGCGACGAUGGUCGUCGAGCUCGUGAACCCCCCCUCGGGCGCCGCGUUCAGCACUGUGGCAGCGACGCGCCUUCCGACGGAUCCGACGCUGCCCGCGGGCGGCGAGGAUCUGCCGAACGACACGGUGACGGUGCUCGCUGUGAGCUUGCCGGCGGGGCAGUACACGCUGCAGGUGCUGAUGACGCCGCAGUGGCCGGGGCUGAGCCAGGGGUCGCUGAAGAGCCCGGGGUCGGUGGCGCUGGAUCAGUGGUCGUUGAGCAGUCAUCCGUGAGUGAUGUCUGGGCGGGGCGGGGGCUAGGUUUCGGUACUCAGCGUAAUGGUAUGGAUACUUUGAUUCUUCUGAUAUCACUUUUUUAGUUUUAGUUUUACUUCUACUUACGAUGCAUGCUACGGUAGUCGACGACGUGGUGUUUGCCGACCCUUUGGUCUGUUUGUUCUUUCAUUUACUGCGAUAUCCACCCAUUUGGUCUUACCCUAGCUACUCAUCACUACGUGAUCAGCGUGAAGAUUUUGGUCGUAAAUUUGAAUGGACGCGACGUUACCCAUCGGAA